AUGUCUCCAUAUCGAGUCUAUUUCUUGUGGAUCUUUUUACUGCUUUCAGUCGAGCAAAUAUAUAUGAAACGGCUGGUUGUUGUGGAAUCAGUGGAGACAAAAUGCGAUCACGCUUUUGUGGAAUAUUUCAAGAAAGUACCUAACCAAAAUGGGCUCUAUGCGUUUCGCCUAGUAAGGCCGGCUACGUCGUUCACCAUCAGCAUUGUGAUGCGCGCUGUGAAGUCGCAACGCAUAUUGUACCAGCUGAAAAAGAUAGAUGGCUGCCAGUUUUUGAAAAAUCAGUUUAUGAAGAAGAUGUUGGCUGAAAGUUACGCAGCGUUAAUUGUGAACAACUCAUUCUUUAAGUGCCCGAUAGCCCCCAAGGUUUACUACCUGAAGAACAUAAGCAAAGCCUUGGUCUCGCCGACUUUUCAUCCAACCGGAUAUUAUCAGCUUAGCACACUGAUGCAAAUGCCAGAAACUUCAGCGCCGUUUGUAAUGGAAAUCGUCUGGAAGUACAAUGUCUACUACAAAUAG